UGACAAGAUGCAGUACAUGCGGCUGGGAGUUUAUCCGAUCGCCCAGAGACUGAGCUCUGCGGCCUUGGUUCUGCCAUGCUGUCCUAUUUGGCUGAAAGUUAAGGACUAUGAUUUGUUUCGUUUCCCUCUGCUCUUUGUUUGAUUUGGGUUUAUCACUCAACACAGUCAUAUAUCCUUUCUUUCUUCCCUUAGACUACUUCAACAGGUUUUGUCAGCUGCUAGUCAUCCUUUUCGACACACGAUGACCGCUGGGUCCAAUAGCCGAUGCCGCACCCGCAACAUUGGGUUAGCCACAUUUUCUCUGCUCAAUCUUUUACAGGCGUUGGCAGUGGCGAGCCUAAGUCCUCGGCGAAACUGGACCAUUUGUUCCAAGAGCAUACAUGAAGAGCCUUUGCCUUUGCAACAAGAGCAGCAAGCCUGUCCAAUCCCAAGUGACUGGGCUCCUUGGUCGCCCCGCCCGUCCUGUGUCCAGCCGAGUCACGAGUAUGAUUCCGAGCCAACUGACUGUCUUUUUACCUUUCCGACCUUCCGGGGCAACCAGGGGAUCAGCCUGAUAACCACACCUCAUAUCGCGGCGAGCAUUGUCGAUACACUUGACGAUUCGCGCGCGUCGGCCGGGCUCAGACCAAACCACUCGAACUUGAGACAGGAGCGGGAAAAUAAGACGGCAGCGUAUGAAAUUCGAGACCUGCCAGGCCGCGGAAAGGGGCUUGUAGCAAAGCGAAGGUUUGCCAGGCAUGAAACUAUCAUGGUCGGCUUCCCUGUUUUGAUUGUCAGAUUGGACUUCAUCAACGAAGAUCGCUAUAGCCGGCGGCAAAAACAAACCAUGAUGGAGAGAAGUGUGAAGCAGCUUCCUCAGGGGCAGCAGGAGGCUGUUCUGGCGCUGCAACGGAACACAGGCGGAGAACCAAUCCUGGACACCCUCCGCACCAACGGUUUUGGCAUCGAGAUCGGGGGAGCCCAGCAUCUCGCAUUGUUCACAGAAGGUUCGAGAGUCAAUCAUAACUGCCGCCCCAAUGCCUUCUGGCGCUAUAUUAACAGCAAGAUGGCGAUGGAAGUUGUGGCGCUCCGAGAUAUCCGACCCGGCGAGGAAAUCGCACACAGCUACGCACCUCUCGGAUACACUUAUGCGGAGCGCAAGGCUGUGCUUCAGGCAUGGGGCUUUCGCUGUACAUGCGCUUUGUGCUCAGCACCCCGCGAGGAGAGGGAACUCUCGGACAGCCGGCGAGAACGAAUACUUGAAAUUCACCAGACCUUGGGUCAGGCGUCGGGGCUAAGGGAUCGUCGGGUUGACGAGCUUGUACUCGAGGCAACCAGGCUGGUUGAGUUGGAAGAGCUUCAUCCGCAGCUUGUUGAGUACUAUCAGCAGUUUGCGAAAGCGUAUCUAAUGACCGGCAACCUUCGACGAGCGCGCGAGUUCAUCGCUGAGGCUGACAAGAUGUGGCAGUUGUAUGGAGGUGAGGAACAUGAAAACGUGGAUGGUAUGCGAGAGUUAUGGCGCAUAUUAGAGGAGGUAGAAGCGGAUGCUUUAGACUCUUAGACUCUUAUUAGACUCUUAGAAGCUACGAUGAAAAAGACGAUGUCGUCAGAGACGAAUGUUCUAAGAGGGAGGACAGAACUGAACUUGGCCAAGCAAUUCGCCGGAGAGGAGGACAAAUUCAUUUUUAUGGAGGACAGUUAUUAAAAUUCAUGGCGCAUCGUGUACCACAUCGUCACUAACACUGCGAGUCAGGAGCGGGACACUCUUCGCUGUUCUCUGCCUUGCAGGCCCGAG